AAUUUUGAUGCAGUAUAUCCUGAAGAGACUCAGUGUUUGGAAAGCACCUGGAGAGAACAUAUUUUGAAGUUCCUGGAAUAGAUGGCGGUGGUUUAGCUGAUGCUAGUCUCACAGAUUCCUACUUUAGUACCAGCUUCAUUGGCGUUAAUGGAUUUGGAAGUCCUGCUGAAGCAAAAUAUCCCAUGAUGCAGAGGAUGACAAAUAGCAGCAGUUCCCCUAGCCUUCUCAAUGACAGUGCCAAGCAAUAUGCAGGCCAUGACCCACUGACUUCACCAGCUUCUUCCUUAUUUAAUGACUUUGCUGCCCUCAGUUUAUCUCAAAGGAGAAAGCCAAGGAAGUAUCGACUGGGGAUGCUGGAGGAGAGGAUAGUUCCGGUGGGAUCAAAGGCACGAAAAUCAAAGAACGCUAUUGGCUGUCUGGCUGACAGGUGUAAAACAGGAGUACCCAUCAAUAUGGUUUGGUGGAACAGAGUCACAGAAAACAAUUUUCAGACACCAAAUCCUACUGCAAGUGAGUUUAUUCCAAAAGGAGGAUCAACUUCCAGGCUGAAUAAUGUGUCUCAGUCAAGUAUGUCUGCCUUCUCUCAAGCCUUGUUCUCUCACCCCUCCAUGGGAAGUCCUGCUACUGCUGGACUAGCUCCAGGAAUGUCACUGUCUGCAGGAUCUUCUCCUCUUCACUCUCCUAAAAUUACUCCUCACACAUCUCCUGCUCCUAGAAGAAGAAGUCAUACUCCAAACCCAGCAAAUUAUAUGGUGCCUACUAGUGCCUCUACUCCUGUUACUAAUGCUGUCUCCCAGCCUCCAUCUACUGGCCAGGUGAUUCAGAAGGAAACUGUGGGUGGAACAACAUAUUUCUACACUGAUACAACUCCAGCCCCUCUCACAGGAAUGGUAUUUCCAAGCUAUCACAUUUACCCUCCCACUGCACCUCAUGUUGCUUAUAUGCAGCCCAAAGCAAAUGCACCUUCCUUCUUCAUGACAGACGAGCUCAGACAGGAGCUGAUCAACCGACAUUUAAUAACAAUGGCUCAGAUUGAUCAAGCAGAUAUCCCUGCAGUCCCUACAGAAGUUGACAGCUACCACAGCCUUUUCCCUUUAGAACCACUGCCACCACCCAAUCGGAUACAGAAAACAAGCAACUUUGGGUACAUUACAUCAUGCUACAAAGCUGUAAAUAGCAAAGAUGAUCUGCCAUAUUGCCUUCGGAGGAUACAUGGUUUCCGUCUUGUUAACACAAAGUGCAUGGUAUUGGUUGACAUGUGGAAAAAAAUUCAACACUCAAAUAUCGUAACUCUGCGUGAAGUGUUUACCACUAAAGCAUUUGGAGAACAUUCUCUUGUGUUUGCAUACGAUUUUCAUGCUGGAGGAGAGACUAUGAUGAGCAGACACUUUAAUGACCCUAGUGCUGAUGCCUAUUUUACUAAAAGGAAAUGGGGUCAGCAUGAUGGUCCUCUGCCCCGGCAGCAUGCUGGGUUACUACCAGAGUCUCUUAUUUGGGCAUAUAUUGUGCAGCUCAGCUCUGCACUGAGGACCAUUCAUACAGCAGGAUUAGCAUGUCGAGUUAUGGAUCCAACAAAGAUUCUAGUAACGGGCAAAACAAGGUUACGAGUGAAUUGUGUUGGAGUCUUUGAUGUUUUAACAUUUGAUAACAGUCAGAAUAAUCCACUGGCACUAAUGGCUCAGUUUCAGCAAGCAGAUCUGAUCUCACUAGGAAAAGUUGUGUUGGCGUUGGCUUGCAAUUCUUUGUCAGGAAUUCAGAGAGAAAAUUUGCAGAAAGCUAUGGAACUGGUGACAAUCAACUAUUCCUCUGAUCUGAAGAAUCUGAUUUUGUAUUUGCUGACUGACCAAAAUAGGCUUCGCAGUGUAAAUGAUAUCAUGCCUAUGAUUGGUGCACGAUUCUAUACUCAACUGGAUGCUGCUCAAAUGAGAAAUGAUGUUAUAGAGGAAGACCUUGCAAAGGAGGUGCAGAAUGGAAGGUUGUUUAGGCUUCUAGCAAAAUUAGGAACAAUCAAUGAGAGACCAGAAUUUCAGAAAGACCCAACUUGGUCAGAAACUGGAGACCGCUAUCUACUGAAGCUCUUUCGGGAUCAUCUUUUCCAUCAGGUGACAGAAGCAGGCACUCCUUGGAUUGACCUCAGUCACAUUAUCUCAUGUCUUAACAAGUUAGAUGCUGGUGUGCCAGAAAAAAUAAGCCUCAUUUCCAGAGACGAGAAGAGUGUACUUGUGGUAACUUACAGCGAUUUAAAACGCUGCUUUGAAAAUACUUUUCAAGAACUAAUUGCAGCCGCAAAUGGUCAGUUGUAGUAUUUGCUGAAAGCAUGCAGGACAUUGCUGAGGAACUUAACCAAUAGCAAAUUGCACUACAACUGAACUGUUGUCAUCUCAUUUCAUAUUUGGGAAACAAACAGGAGAUGAGCAAAGCUGCUUGCACUUCAGUCAGGUACACUGUUACUUGAAGGGAAGAAUGUUUCAUUUAUCCUAGAGCUAUGGCUGCCAUUGGAGGCUUUAUCUGUGAAGAAUUUAUUUUAGAUUAAGGAACACAUCAGGUGCAUGAUGUUCCUGCUUUUAUUUUUUCCACUUGUAUAUGCACUAAUUUUAAUUUUUUUAAGACUCUUCUGAUCUCUGAUGUUUUGCCACAUUGUAUACUUAUUAAGGGAAACUCUUUGCAAGGACAUUUCUGGGAUACAUUUUUGUCGCUGAGGAUAUUGCUCAAUUUAUUCGUUUUGAUAUUAUUUGCACCCAGAAUAGCAUAAAGGACCAGGGAAAUAAUUUCAUAGAAAUUGUGCUCUAUAAAUUAGAGUUUAGUUUGUAAUCUCUGUAAAAGUGUGUUGUAUGCAAGCUCUGUAUGCCACCCACUGUUAGUUGACAAACCAACCAGAAGAUGCAUAUUUAACAAACAAACAAAAAAAUCAAGUAUCAGUGAAUUGACAUGUAUAAAAUCCCUUCUCAUUUAAGCCUUGUCUAAGCAACGUGACAAAAUAGCAACCUUUGAAACACCUAUAAUUUAAGGGGCAUAUCAGAUUUGCUCUAAACACAACCAGCGCCUUUAAAAACUGUUUGUAUGUUUUCCUGCUAGUCAGCUGCAUUUACAUUUAUGCAAUUUUUUUAACAGAAUUUUUUUUAAAGAAAUUGUGUUAAAUGCCUGAAGUUUCGGGAGUGUAUUACUUUAGGUUAUUUACAGUAUAAUUUUUGUAUAAAGUUCUGUUCUUUGAACCACAGCUUUGUUAUGGUACUCUACACUGGAUACAGAAACAAAGACACUGUUAAGAAGAUUAAACACAGCAGUUGUCUGGCAUCAAGAGCUUUUGAAGUUUUACAACCUGAAUCUGGAGGGAUAAUGAUCUGCUGUGCCUUUGCAGUCACUGCUUAGCCCAAAGUAAUAUUACUUUUGAUAAUACUCAACACAUGAAUAUUCCUGAAGUAAUUCAGUCUGGAAUUUUCCUCCUCAAUUAACUUUCUAAUAUUUGGACAUGCAGUUGUCUCUCCAAACUUGGGUUUUCCUGGGAUUUAUAGUAAAAGAUAAACACCUACACUUUGAUAUUGAAGACUGCCAAAUAUGUAGGAAUUUCCUUUCGUAAAGCAGUAGUGAAGACUGUAUCUAUCCUUUCCCAGCACUGAAUAUUUUAAUAGCACUGGGUGCUCACUAUGAAGAAAAUGUGGAAACUCAAAAGGUCAGGACAGACUCUAAGCACUUGCAACUGAUGUUACUGGCAUCAAUUUUAAUAAUUCUCAAUAUUUGUAGUUUCCAGAGAAGUUUUUAAUAUUUCUCUGUCCACUUUUAUAAGCUUUAAAAUGAUUCUCCGCCUUGAGACUUGCAUCAAGAAAAGCAACUCUCUUCACAUCGAAAGCUUUGAAGACUAGGGACGUGCUUUACAUAUUUUAGAAAAUGUGGUUUUGUCCGCAUUUGGUAGCAUCAGUUGUUGAGUUAAAAAUCAAUUAUUGUUGCAUUUGUUCUGAGUGAAUUUUAAAAGGAACAUAAUGUUUAAUAUUCAAAGGAUGACAAUUGCCACAAUAUUGUUCUUUUUCUUGUAAAAGGAACAGGAACUUUGAGAAGUGAACAUGCAAAACAGUCUUUUAUCAUUAGCUCAUGUAUUUGAGGAAGAGCAGCUGUCUUUUAUAUGUUUUUUGACAAAUCAUAUUGUAAUUCUUUUGUACAAAAAAGUACUUGUAUACUAGAAGAAAUAUGAAAUGCUUAAUUUAUAAGCGGGCUGAGGUUUUUUCCAGUAUUGUUUUCUUUGAAAAUGAAAAGGGAUCAUCUGUUCAGUUGUGGGGUUUGGGAACCUUUGGAAAAUUUAAUUUGUGGACCAAUAUAUUGUGAAAGUUCAGGCAGGGGUAAAGUAAGGCUUGAAUUUCUCAUCCCUCCUAGACCAGCAAACCAUCCUCUGAGACAAGUCUAGAAUGCAAACUUACAUGUAUUUGCAUAAUGUCAAUUUGCUUCAGCCCCUAGUAACCUCAGGACUUGGUUUAAAAAAAAAAAAAAAAGUAGACAGCUAAUAAGUUUUCAUAAGUAACUAAUGUCAGCCAGAAAACAUUUGGUGUCAGGUAAUACAUAAAAGAAAUAAUUGUUGAGCUUUGUUUUCUAUUUAUUUCAUUUGGUCCAUAUUUGGGAAUGAUUUGAACAGUCUGAAGUCUGCUUGGGUGUUUUUUGGGGAGAGCCCUUCUACCACAUUUUAAUUCCAUUAAGAAGGUUGUCCUAAAGUUAUAAUCUCUUCCAUUCCGAAGAAGAGCUGUAUGUGUAUAGUUAAAAAAACAAAAACCACCCAGGACAUACCCUUCCAUGUGGGAAAUUGUGAUCUUCCUAUCUUUACAGCUAAAAGCACAGAAAGGACAACCUUUUGAAAUCAUGUGAUGUUGGUCGUUUUAAUUUUUGCACCUGUUUUAAAUUCUGUCUAUGUAUUUACUACGCUGUAAAUGUUUUGUUGAGGGUACCUAUGUAUUUUUAUUUUUUCUGGCCCUCGUUUCAGUAAUUCAAUUGUCAACAGCUUCCCCUAAAAAGCACCAGUAUGUUAAGUUCUGUCAUGAUCCCAAUAUAUGUUACCCAUCUUUAAUCCUGUUUUCAUUCUUCAUGUGUACAGCAGUAUUUUUAAUAAAGAAUACCAGAAAUAA